CUUUCAAAGCUCGCUGACUGAUGGAAAUAAAUGCAUUGCAUAAAAUUACGAUUAGAAUAGUCCUUAGCAACGCGUUUGAGAGAGUAAACCUUUAUAUUAAAGUGCAAAGUAACGCACAACAGAUUCGGUUUCAAGUGCCAGUGGAAAAUUUAAGCUAUUAAAAUAAUACAAAACAAGAAUUGUAGUUUACUAAACAAAAUGUGAACGUAAUACAAAGUUAAAAUAUCGAUAUUAUUUCGAGUGAGCCAUAUUUAUUAAUCGUAAAAUCCACACACUCAGUUUACUACCUUGGCACAAGGGAGUGGCCAGUCACGCCAAUAACUGCCUUGUACUGCAUUGAAUUCCAAAUCUAACAAGAGCCAAAUGGAUUUUUGAUGCAUAAGCAUAUGGUAUAAGGAUAAGAGGUAAUGCUGGUUUACAGAGGAAAAAACGCUUUAAUCGGAUUUUUAGAGCAACAUUGUGUUUUAAAUCUAUGUCAAAUAGAAAAUUUGCGCUAUGGCCCCAUUUAAACUGAAAUUCCGAAUGGGUGGCUCACGCAGCACAUCACAAGAGCAUGAGGCAGAUCCACAGGUAAACGAGGCGCUACUCAAUCAUCACCAGCAUCAUUCGGCGACAAUUGGUGCCAGUAGUUCCACCAUCGAUUCGACAGACUGUACAAGUCUUGGUUCAAUGGGUACCAAUGAGCGUAAAUCCUUGCUGCCAAACAAAAGCAACAAUUUGCAAUUGGAAUAUAACGACCCCAGGACAACAACGUGCAAUGACGAAUCGUCAACGGAGUCGAAUAUAUUUCCAACAACACCACCGUCAAAUUACGAUCAUAUGUUAGAAGAGCUGAAAGUAAUCACCCGUGAAAACGGUUCAAAUAAUGGACGUCGGGAUUCCUUGAACAACUCAAGCAACAACAUUCUUUUGUCAUCGCUGGAGCACCUUUCCUUGAGCGAUAAUAUUACCAUUCAAUGUACAGAUCCCAAUUGCCAAGAGAUUUACAUGUGCAACGAGCAAUUAAUGCUACAACGACAGCAAAAUUCAACUUUAAACGAACGCAACAAUUUCAAUGAAUUUGUGGAGCAAUCGCAAACAUUAGAUCAAAGUCAGCUUAACAACGAGUUUAGCAACUCCGACGACGAGUGUGAAGACGACAAUCGUAAAGAAUCAAUUGAUUCGACAGAGCUUCUAAUAUCAACGAAGAUGGCAGCGCCAAUAGCAGCAUCAGCAACACAGAACAACUCAAAUUCUAUGGAGAACGACUACAGAGGCGAUUGUGAGCAAUGCGAGACGGGUAAUUACAGCGAGGAAUGCACCGAUGAAUGCAACACCAGCAACAAUGGCCAAGCCAAUAAUGGAAUAAACAGCAAUGAUUUUUUUGAUCCACUCAUCAACCAUAGAGGAUAUUGUAGUGGAGAAAACCAUUACAAUCAAGAAAGUUGUGAUAAUCAAAUGCAAGAUGAUUACCAAGGCGAACGAUGUAACAGUGACAGCGACGACGGUUGGAGCAGACAUCAGCAAAUGUCAAAUAGUCAAAGCCAUCAACAACAACUGCAGACACAAUCUUACGAGUACGGCAACCAAAAUUCGGCCCAGGAACGGUCCAUCACACCGGAAAUAAUAAGCAACAAAUCGUCAAAGGAAAUAUACAAAGAUUUAGCGAAGCAGUGGGGCAUAACGUGUAAGAUGUCAGACGCGUGUCGGUGCAUGGAAUGUCAGGGUCAUUAUUUCGAUUGCGAAUUUGACGAUAAUGAUCAUCAGAAAACGGAUGGUGGACUGGGUGCGGGCACACCAAUGUUUAUCAGCGAAGUGAUGCACGGUUCCGCAUGUAACAUCCUCUAAACUCGCGUAUCUGGAACAUAGUUCUCAAAACGAAAUUUUGUGGAAGUGCAUGAAAGUCCUUAGUGCUUAAAGCGCAGUUAGUCAACGACGUAGCGUAAACGUAGGUUGACGUACGUAGCAGCAUAUCAAAUUUACUGUUGAUA